AUGGAUCAAUACGACCUGACAGGCUCGGGAGACCAUGAAGAGUCGACUCUUCUUUCUGAUCGACAAGUGGACACCGUUGCCGAUCUGCUGGGUGCGAUCGAAAACCCGAUCUCGACUCUUGAUGGAGAUCCAAUUCGCGAGGCGUGGUUAGCUUUCGAAUGUCGUCGAAGCUGUGCCGAUUUCUAUUUGAAGUUAUACCUCGAGACACUGGAUCGAAUCAGUCAGACCUGCGCUGAUAUCGACACAGGCCCAACACAAGCACUGUCAAACCAACCUCCAUCACGAAUCGAAAGAGACAUGGUCCGCCUCAAGGUGUGUACUGACACAGCCCUCCGUGAUCUGGCGGUCAUGGAGAAUAUCCUUCUCUGUACGCAGGAGAAUCAAAAGACCCAGUCUCAACCCUUCUCACCGACGGCAUUCUUUUGCACCUGUGCUCUGUGCAUCUCUGCGGUGGUCGUCCCAUUUAAAGCUGCUGCUAUCCUGUCGGGAGUGGGUACAUUCGUUGGAACCAUGACACUAGCUGUGCCUCCGAUUUGGGGGUCCUUGCAGUGCUAUCAUGUAGACUGUGCCUUGCGCAAGGUACAGGAAUUGAAGCGAUCCUUUGCGGAGGCAACUAUUGAUGAAGGAAAUCGGCUUGACUUGGAGAGAUAUCGGUUUUCGAAGUUGAGGGGAACUCUUUCUAAGAAUCCCCGAGAGAUCAAUGAUAGUUAG